UCGGUGCAGAACGUGGGCGAGGACAUAACGGAAGAAAAUCGAGAUAACUCAGAACAAAUGACUUUAAAGACAAGAAAAGCUUUCUUCAAUGACAAAAAAGCCAGCACCAUGCUGUUACUAGCCCUCUGCACUUUUCUAGCGGGUGAAACAAAUGCAAGUCUUCUGGAUCCAGGCUUCAUAGGCAAAGAGCUACAAACAUUCGCCAGGGACGUGCUAGGAGUGGACGAAAUGCAGAGCUACCUCGAAAGCCUUCAUUAUCACAAGGGAACAGUGAGAGGAGAUCUCGUGACUCCAGAACUUGCUGCAAAACUUUCUGACAAGUUCAAAAUAAGAUUUGAAGUUGUAAAACGGCUCAAGACAGCUGUGGAAGCAUCCUACGUCGGAGCAGACUCUGUGAACCCAACGCCUCAAGAGGAAUGCUGCAAAGUCGACAAAUCAACACUCAAGUAUGAUAUUCGAUUUCAUACCAAAGUGGAUAUGGACAGUGUCUGUUUGAAAAUUUCUAGCAGUACUAGUGCCCUUCCAAACCCUGUAUAUUUAGAUGAAGGGGUUGCAAAAGAAAUGAGAGAUAUCUCGAGAACGUAUCCUUUUAUCAAAUGGCAAUAUUUUGGGUCGGAGCAAGGUGUAAUGACCACUUUUCCUGUGUAUGACGAUAAAGAGGAUUGCGGAAGGUUUGACGCCCGUUUCAGACCAUGGUACGUGGAAGCUGCCACACAAGAAGCCAAAGAUGUAGUCCUUGUUAUUGAUAUCAGCGCAUCCAUGACUGGAGAAAAACUCCACGUUGCCAAAGUAGCUGCCAAAACGGUGUUGGACACUAUGAACCCUAAAGACCAGGUUGGCGUUGUUUCAUUUAGCACUCUAGCGUCAACUCCAGGAGACGCUGGGGGCGAAAGCUCGUGCUACAGUGAAAGAUUAGCACAAGCAGUCCCUACUAAUAUCAAGAAAAUGAAAUAUUUUGUUGAUGGAUUGGUACCGCAUGGUCUGAGCCAGUACAAGCUGGCUUUUGAAAAAGCAUUCAGUCUCUUUAAGGGUUCAGUUUCUGAACAAUCGGGGCAAAAAAAGAAAAGAGUUAUUCUGUUUCUGACCGAUGGCGAACCCUCAGAUAUGAAGAAGGACGCUAUUUUCCGCACUAUAAGGAAUAAAAAUGUUGAGCUGAAUAACUCUGUCAUCAUCUUAACGUAUGGAUUUGGUAAUGCAAACCAAACAAUUCUAGAAGACAUAGCCAAGCAGAACACAGCAAAAUAUGGUAUACCAGCAAAUAUCUCUGUUGGAGACAUCACGACUGGCAGAUACAAAUACGUUAAAGACUUCAAAACCUUACGAGUAGACAUGGCAACCUAUUAUGAUUUAUUCUCGCUGGGAACCCACCUUGAUCCAGUUGUGUCUGUGCCCUAUAUGGACGCUUUUGGACUAGGGCAAGUCUUGACGAUUUCUUUGUCUUGUUUCCAUAACGGAAAAUUCAUUGGCGUGGUAGGGACUGACAUUACCGUCCAGGAUCUGUUGUCCGACAUAACAUUCUUUAACCAAGGUCAGAGUACGUAUGCAUUCAUGAUAAGCAACUCUGGAAGGACCCUUAUUCACCCUCUUCUACCAGCCCCCACUGAUGCAUAUGGGGAUCCCUUUUUUAUGGACAUAACAACUUUGGAGCCAGAUGCAGAAUUCAAGGAGGUGUUUGACUCGAUCAAAAAAGGAAAAUCUGGGUCAAAGAGUUUUGUUGCCAAACGAUUCCUUCCACGAGGUGGAACCGAGAAACAAGGGGUGACAGAGACGGAAGUGAACUGCACAUACUUCUGGACGCCUUUAAUGGAGGUCGACUUCACUGUGGGCGUGGUUGUUCCUGUUGGUCAUGCCAAGGACCAACUUAAACCACUCCGAAUGCCAAAUGGUUACUCAUUCAAUUACCAUCGAAUCGACAUAUACAAUAAUGGCAAGAUAUGUUCUCACUUUGGAGCGAAUGCUUCUAAAGACGAUGUGGCCGACGGAAGGAGGAAGUCCUCGUGCAUGAUAAGAAAACCACCGCUAUCCAUUACAAAACAAGAGUUACUUACCGACGUUUAUCCAAAGUGUAAGGAGACCAAAACAUACUCUUGUUUUGUAAUGGAUAGCGGUGGUUUUCUUAUCAUGCACGAGGACUUCCUCCUUCCGUCGGCCACAUCGUCUGAUCUACAAUUUGUGCAUAUCACAGAGAAGGAGAAAAACAUCGCAGAAGACCUCAUCAAGAAGAAAUACCUGGUAAAAAAGCACUGUCGUCACUUGGAAGCGAUUCAGAAGCAAAGCUUUUACGAGCUUCACUUGCCCCCCAGAGGAGCUGACACUCUACGAAGUGGUGCAAGAUGCUCGAAAUACCAACUGCAGCAAAUUGUGGGAACUAAUGCCUUCUUAGGUGUUGCUGUGAAAGAUUCGUUUUGUCCUCCAGAGCCGUGUUCAUGUUCAACUGAUACAAAAUGUUCCUUACUCAACUUGACGUGUGAAUGCCCCUGUAUUUCUCACCUGGAUUUCCAUUACUGCCACAAUCAGUUUUACAAUAGCAGUCUUCCCAUUUGUGCGCCCUCGGCAGAGGAAGUCUUAUCAGCUGCAUGUGGUGCUCCAAGCCACAUUGUUCAAAUUCAUUCCUGUAACGAUCCUGUACUGGAAGAUUGCUUCGUACCCCGCUGUACUGAGAAGAAUACUUCGGAAACGUGUGAGGGCAUUAUUGGCUGCUUUUGGUGUGAGAACAACAAAGACGAUAUACCAUUAGAGAAACCGUACUGUGCCAGCGCUGAGGUGUGCUUCAAAGGAAGAGAAGUUGAAAAAGAGAACUGCCCAAGCGAAGCAACAAGCGCAGCCGUCGUCUCGCCUCCAACACAAGUAAACCACAGUUCUGAUGUUAAACCAAGCAGUGAUAGGGAAUCUCGUCCCUUAUCGUACGGAGCUAUCUGUGGAAUUGUUACUGGUUGUGUGGUUGUCGAAGCUGCUAUGUUAAUAGUGGUCGUCUUGACGAUAAGGCGUUGUAGAAAUAAGUCAAUUGCAAACGCAAGUUCUUCUACGGAACAAAUAUUUGUCAGUGGAACUCAAAGUGCCUCUGCGGAUUCUACCCAGCGGCGUCCUUCAGCGCAACCUAAGAAUGGUACUUAUAAUGUAUUAGAAAGACCAACGCGUUUUACCCAAACUCCGAUAACUCUUGCUCAGGAGCAUUCGUACGAAAACGUCAUAGAUGACCCUCCAGCGGUCCCGGCAAGGAAGCAAUUAACUAGGGCUGUAUCAGAAGCAAGCGGUUCUUCUGGACAGACAAGUGUUGAAAUGUCCACUUUGGAUAGCUCCAGAAAGCGAUCGUCUAAUGCAGACAGACAGGAAGAUGUGUCUCCGAAAAAUGUGAGGACAGGUGCAGCACCAAUUCCAGCACCAGUGAACACUGAAAUAAUUUUUACUCCCCCUGAAGCUGUCUCUAAAGAAGAAAGGGUUUCGGAGGAUCAGCAGCAGACCUCGGCAUCUGAUGCCGGCUGCAUUCCCCAGGAAAUUAAUAACGUACAGCAGCUUGAUGGCAACAUAACGCAAAAAACUUCCGAAAAGAGGCCUUCUAAUGCUAUAAUGCCUCCCUCUAUUGAAGCUAAUGAGCAGCAAUAUGACUCUAACCCACCAGUAGACGUGCGUACGAGACGAGAAAGUAGCAACUCUACAGUACUUGAUCCUGAAGGAUACAUAAUAUGUGUUGUAUAACUAGUGAUAUUUAUGUCUCCAGAAUUAUUGACUCCCGUAGGAUACCUCUAGAAUGCCAUUCAACUCAUUUGAACCGCAAAAAUUUUGAAAAUUUUGUUUGGCUGUUGUUGGUGAGAAAUAUGGUUGUUGUGUCGAGUCACUGUCUCGUGCACCUCAGAAUGUACUGUCAUAAGAACUUUUUUCUACGUAAAUUUAUGCUCCAUGUAUUUUUUUAAAAUUGUUUUGAUGUGUUUCGAAUGCAAGAGGGCCGAACUCAUUUUGAAUAAUCUUUUUAAUUUAGCGUUUUGUACUUCGGUAUAAAAUGCUGGACUCAAAGCAUUAAAAGGGCGCUUUGUAUAAA